AUGGCAUCCACUUCAUCCCCUCCAUCCCGCUCUUCCCUUGGCAACAAGGCGUACCGAUAUCGCAUGCUCACAAGCCUACUCUCCCUACUAGACCGAUAUUUCUCCCGGCCACUACCCCCCAGACUAAGCGUCGAAAUCGCCAUCCCCGCGAAAGUCAGCAAGUCUCCGGGUCCAAUCCAACUCUACUUCUUCACGGCACCAUCAAAACCCCUUUGUCCUCGCAAACAAACCAAAAUAUGCCCGCCCCGCCCUGUCCUCAUCAACUUCCACGGCGGGGGCUUCACAAUCGGCCACGCUCUCGAUGAUGCCCGCUGGGCGGGUGCCGUGCUGAAAGCCUGUCCAGACGUGGUGGUAGUAAGCGUCAAUUACCGCUUAGCCCCGGAGGAACCCUUCCCCGUCGCACUAGAAGACGGCGUCGAUGCUAUACUAUGGCUAUGGAAAGAAGCGGAUAAGUACAAUCUUGAUAAAACGCGCUUCGCGCUCAGCGGAUUCAGUGCAGGCGGGAACCUCGUUCUAGGACUGCCAUUACGGCUGCAGGAGGAACUACAGAAAACGCGCUGGGCGUCGCUACGCCGGGAGGUAGCAUUGGUUGGCUUAGUAGUAUUCUACCCCAGCACAGACUGGACGCGAACGCGGAAAGAGCGUGACGCUACAAAUCCUAUCUCCCCAACAAAAUCAAUGGUCUCCCCUUCUGUAUUCAGGUUCUUCGACGCUUCCUACCUUCUCUUUGCGGGCCUGCCGAAACAGCUGAGUACAGGUCGCGUGGAUAUGUCGCAUCCUUAUCUUUCGCCUGGUCUGGCGCCUGCAUCUAUGUUGCAUGCGGCAUAUCCGCCUGCUGUGGCAAUUUAUACUUGUGGGUGGGAUCAAUUGCUUGUUGAGGGGAAUACGUUCCGGGAAAGGCUUGGUGGGUUCGUUGAAGAAGGGAAGAUGGAGAGUGUAGGUGGAUUUGUAGUCGAGGGUGUUGUUCAUGGAUUUGAUAAGAAGCCCUCCUUUUUUAGGGGGAAUCAGGUGCGUGAAAAUAUGUACGGUGAUGCUAUUGGCCAGUUGAAGGUGAUGUAG